UGCUUCACAUGUAGUCGUCUCUCUUGUGAAAAACUAUCCAAACUAUCUGAUUAUAAAUCUAGAUAAGCUCGACUAUUGUGCAAGCUUGAAGAACCUUGAAACUGUCUCUGAGAAGGAAAACUACAAGUUUAUCCAGGGAGACAUUUGUGAACCUGACUUUAUAAAACAGCUCUUCAAAACUGAGAAAAUAGAUAUAGUCCUUCAUUUUGCAGCCCAAACACAUGUAGAUCUUUCAUUUUGGCAUGCCUUGGAAUUCACCUAUGUGAAUGUUUAUGGCACUAAUGUGCUGGUUGCUGCUGCACACGAAGCCAAUGUGGAGAAGUUUGUCUAUGUUAGUACAGAUGAAGUAUAUGGAGGUAGCACUGAUGAGGAAUUUGAUGAAUCCUCCCCAAAACGUCCAACAAAUCCCUAUGCCUCCUCUAAAGCAGCUGCAGAAUGUUUUGUUCAGUCGUACUGGGAAAGGUACCAAUUCCCAGUUGUUAUCACACGGAGCAGUAAUGUUUAUGGACCGCACCAGUAUCCAGAAAAAGUUAUUCCAAAGUUUAUAUCUUUGUUGCAGCAGAACAGAAAAUGCUGUAUUCAUGGUUCUGGACUUCAAAGAAGGAAUUUCCUUUAUGCAGCUGAUGUGGUAGAAGCAUUCCUCACUGUCCUGAAGGAGGGGAAGCCAGGUGAAAUUUAUAACAUAGGAACGAACUUUGAGAUGUCCAUUGCCCAGCUUGCUAAGGAGUUAAUCCAUUUAAUAAAGAAGACCAGUUCAGAAUCUGAAAUGGAGCACUGGAUGGAUUAUGUCAAAGACAGACCUACCAAUGACCUGAGAUACCCCAUGAAUUCAGAAAAAAUGCACAACUUGGGAUGGAGACCUAAAGUGCCUUGGAAAGAAGGAAUACAGAAAACAAUUGAAUGGUACAAAGAAAACUUUCACAACUGGAAGAACUCGGAGAAAGCUUUGGAGCCCUUUCCUGUCACAGAGCCAUUUGUGCAGCUCUGUGGUCCCUAGGUGGCAGAGAACCUGAAGGAGUUUAUUCUACCUCAUACAGCCUUUCCUUCAAAGCCUGCAAUCAAGUGGCCUCACUGAACUCUUAAUGUAUUCAAGAUACGGGAACUACGAUGAAUACAGAACUG